AUGGCCACUUUUUCACAAAGCGAUUUUAAUAGUAAAAAUUAUGGCAGUUGUCGUCCCACAUAUAAAACAAUUCUCUUUGAAAAAAUCUACAACUAUCAUAGAGAUCAUAAAUGUGAAUUUACAACGGCUCUUGACAUUGCCACGGGAACAGGCCAAGUAGCCGAACCACUCUCCAACGUAUUCCACAAAGUUUAUGCAACCGAUCCAUCCCAAACAAUGCUAAACUCCGCCACCAAAAAAUCAAAUAUCGAAUACUCUAUAGCAUCCGCCGAAAAUCUCUCCAACUUCGCCAAUGACAGCAUCGAUUUGAUUACAAUCGCACAAGCCCUUCAUUGGGUGAAUGUGGAGAAAUUUUUCGCGGAAGCUUAUCGCGUGUUAAAGCCGAAUGGAACUCUGGCAAUAUGGGGAUACGUAUACAUUAUAAUUCGCGGUUAUCCGAAAGCGACGCAAAUGAUUGAGGAGUGGGGAACUAGUAAAGACAAGCUGGCAACGUAUUGGGAAAGUGGAAGACGUGUGGUGGAAGAUUAUUAUAAAGGGGUGAAGGUUCCUCCGAAUCUUUUUGGGAAAGUAAAAUGGGAAUUUUAUCCGACUGUGAAAAGGCAGAUUGAAGAGGAUGAGUGUGUUGUUGAAGUAAAAGAUCCUAACAUGGAAGCAACAUAUACGAUUGACAAUUUAAGAAUGUAUUUGAAGACUUCAAGUUGUUACAAAAAUUACAUGACGAAGAAUCCAAAUUCUAAUGAUCCAGUUGACGAAUUAAUUGAUCAAAUUAAAGAAGUUGAAGGUUGGAAAGAUGAUCAACUUUUAAAUGUUGUCUGGCCUACCAUAUUUAUCCUCGCUUCAAAAAGAACCUAA